AUGGCUAAGCGCAACAUAGACAAACUGACAGUGUAUACAGUCAACGGUGUGCACUGUGGUGUGAUGAGUUUUUUUAGGGCGCGAGCAGCCUCGGCUUGCACGAGGCGAGCUGAGAAGAAUGAUGUGAGUGAGGGAGAGGAGGAGGAGGAGGAGGAGGAGGAGGAGGAGGAGGAGGAGGAGGAGGAGGAGGAGGAGGAGGAGGAGGAGGAGGAGGAGGAGGAGGAGGAGGGCAAAGAGGAUGGCACCGGCAAUGUUUCAGCUGGAGGGAACAGAUGUGACGCCCUUUGA